UCCCGCACAAAUGCCCGCGCGCGCCCUGCCCCGAUUCAUUCAUUCACCCAGUCAGUCAGUCACUACUUGCCUACUUACUUACUCUACCUUACCUACCCUACAUGCCUACCUGGACCUGACCUGACCUACCCCAACGCUCCCUCGUUUUUACAUAUCCACCACGCCCUCCUCUCCUCUCCCUCUCCUCCAGUUCCCCAAUCUUGCUCUGCUGUCUCUCGCUUGCAUUGCAAUUCCCCUUCGGUCGCCUCCACAUCGCCAUCCACAAUCAAUCCUCUCUCACGUGCCCGCCCAAAACGGAGUGACAGCCGACGCCUGACCUUGCGCCCAAAGCGUAAACAAUCACAAAUACAUACGUGGACUGCCUCUAUCGUGACACGCCUCCCACCCCCUCCACGCCCGCCACAUCCAUCCAACCGCCAAUUCGGCCUCCUCGUCGCCAGACUCGACCACGAGCCGCCAAUUGACCUCUCUUUUUAAGCAUUGAUGGGGCCCUGCCGUCUCGUAGCCCUCAGUCAAUCACCGCCUUCUUCUCCACUACCAUCCCAUCAGUUAUGCGCGAAAUGAAACCUUUGAUCUUGCCCAAGCUGGUAGCCCAGCGCAAAUCCUCAAAGGGCUCAAUCAACUUGCCCCUCGAACCUUCUCUGUCCGUCCACUCCAACACGGAUUCCGGCUUCUACUCGGCCUCGGAGUGCUCCACCCCGCCUACCCCAAGCUUCCAGCAUGGCCACCUCAGAUUCCCCAGUUCGGCUUCCUCGUUAUCCUCAAGUCCACCUACCCAGGAGUGUGUCCUGGACGCUGCCAAUGCUUCCGGGAAGCUUCCCCAGCUCACCGAGGAUGUCGAACGGGAAGACGACUACAUCACCGUUAGCCCGUAUCGCCCUUCGCUUGACAUGGACAUGCUUGACGACCAGCUCGUCGCAGAAGCUUAUGCUUUUGAUGAUUAUGGCGUUGCGCCCAAGAGAAGACGAUCGGGCGAGUCGAGCAUGCACGGCGUCUCCACCCGGCUCGAGCGCAGCUUUCCUUCUCUAUCUCGCAAGAUGAGAGAGCAGCGUAAGCGGGCAUCGACCAUGGGCAAGUCUUCAAGAAGCAAUACGCCAUCCAGACAUGCAUCCACGCGGACAUCGUCCAUCACUAGUUCGAUCCACCAAACCCACAGUCAUGACUUUACCGACAGCUUCCCUCCCUCCCUGCCCGUGACAGCACGAAGCAGCAGAGAGAAGCUGAACGCAUCCAUUGUGUCUCUACCAAUCGACAUCGCCAAGGCUAACGACAACGCUGUCCAGCUCGACGUGGACGAGAUCGAGUCUGAGCGCUACGCAUCUACUCCGCUACUCCCACCCAUGUUGACCACCAAUCACCUAGACGACACUCCUACAAGGUCACCUUUGCAAUCCCCUACUGUUGCCAACACCGACCCCACUCACUCUCUGGUGACUACUCCCGUCGACUCUCCUCCAGUGCGCGCCUACCCUACCCCUCCGCUGUCAACCAAGGCUUCCAUUGCGUCCUUCAAAACCUCCCGGCCCAGUCCGUUGGUGCCCUGUACCGAAAUCCCGCCAAUUAUCCUGGCUGAUUCCGGUGACAAGUGGGCUCAGAAGCUAGGCCACGACAACUUCACCAUUCUCCCGGAACCCUACAUGCCCGAAGUUUGCGACGCCACGUCGCGCGAUACUUUGUUUGCUGACUGGCAGCAAGCGCGCGCCAACUUCACCAAGCACCAGGUGCGCAUUGCCGAGCACUACGGCCCAACUUCUACCACCUACAAACUCUGCCAGGAGAAAUGGGAGGAGACGGACGCCGAAUGGAUCAAGAAUCUCGAGCUCUUGAAACUGCUUGUUCCGUCGGAGCCUUCCGUACCAGUGGUUCCGACAGCGCCUGAUGACGAUGCAAAGCUUUGGCCCACUCUCAACGAGCCCCAGAGCGAGGGCAAGUUUCCCCAGCUAGGCGACGAAGACAUUGUCGGACCCAUGGAGCGAAUCCAGCCUAGGAUGAUUCAGCCCAUCACCCCCAGGAAACGCGCCUUCUUCAAAUUCCUACACGACCUCAAAUUCUCCACCUCUUUUCUUGGGCGCUCCCACACUGGUGUGCGCGGCCACUAG